GCCUGCCUUCUAGUGAAUACUAUGAGAGGGUUGAAACUAUCCGAGCCCAGACCAGCACCGCCUUUUGUGGGCUAUAGCCUUGCGGCGAUGAAAAAUGCUUUUUCUAAAGUCCGGUGGCCAAUAUUUUCGAGGCCUAUGCAUUACAACCAUUUGCCCGGAUGCGAUAUGGGGAGGUACAUUGAAUGUCUUUUUCACGUGUAUUAUGACGGAGUAGAUGGAUUGAACUUGGGAGCAUUUGUCGAUAUGAGCAAAAAGACAUAAAAGCGUCUUCUCGGCUUUCGCUAGUUUUGGGAAGCAGUAGUAUUGGGUUCGGUGUUCAU